AUGGCUCGAAUGGACAAAUGUUGCGGUUGCAUUCCUAUGAGAACGGGUGUUAUAACUAUAGUAAUAUUUUGGAUAAUUAUAGGAUUAUAUGAACUUGUUCAAAAUAUUCAGCUUCAACUUAUAUCUAAUCGUUAUCAUUAUGAUUAUUAUAUAAAUGAUCUAAAUU